CUGUCUUUUUCCCUGGCCGGCUCCUCACACCGUGGGAUUUUCACAGUACUGUGUGUGGGACGUGGGAGAGAACUGGUUUCUUGGUUGCUGGAGGGCAGCCGGAAGGACUUACUGCACCCCCCGAACCCGCGGCGGAAAUGCAAGCCCAGUGUCUUGGGGCAGAGCGCUUCUUUUUGUCACUAGUCUAAAAGAAAAUCUAACGCGUGGGAUCUUUCUCAAGUGUUGGAAGCCGAACCGUGACUCAUGGGAGGGAACUGUGGCAAGCUAAGGAGGCCAUCUGUCAUGUAACUUCCAGAUCCCAUGUCAACACCAAGCCCUCAGCUGCUGGUGGCAGCUGCUCAGCAGACUCUGGGUAUAGGAAAGAGAAGAUGCCCACCUCGAGCUACCUGCCUUCGCCUGGCAGGAGAGGUGCUGGCUGUGGCCCACGGGCUAAAGCCAGCUGUACUCUAUGAUUGCAACUCUGCAGGAGUAUUGGCACUCCAAAGCUAUUUGGAGGAACUGCAGGGGCUGGGCUUCCUGAAGCCAGGACUUCACAUUCUUGAGAUUGGAGAGAAUAACCUCAUCGCCAAUCCUGAGUAUGCCUGUCAGCAUUUACAACAGACGCUGCUUGGUACCGUAGCUUUUGUGGAUGUCUCCUGUUCCCAGCCUCAUCCUUCUGUUCGGUCAUUGGACCAGCUUCCGGACUUGAAAUCUCUCGUAGCUGACAUCAGCACACGUUUUCAAGGACUGCAGGAGGAUGCGUCUCUGGGUGUCUCCUACAGCAAGCUACAUUCCUCAGACUGGAAUCUCUGCACUGUGUUUGGGAUACUCCUGGGCUAUCCUGUCUCUUACACAUUUGACCUGAACCAGGGAGAUGACAACUGCUUAGCCAUGACUCCCCUGCGGGUGUUUACUGCCCGGAUUUCAUGGCUGCCUGGUCAACCUCCAAUUCUGUUGUACUCCUUUAGUGUUCCAGAGAGUUUGUUCCCAGCCCUGAGGAACUUUCUAAGUGCCUGGGAGAAGGAACUCAGAACCCGUUUUAGGGCUCAGAAUGCCUUUGCUAACCUCAGCAUCUCCUCUGAGGUGGUCACACUUCCUGCUGUGGCCCUCUGAGUUAACUCUGCCUCUUGAGAUUGUAUCAGUGAAUGGUUAUCUCUGGGUGGGAGAUGUCAAUUAGAGUGAAUGUCGUGCCAUCAAUCGACCAUGUUGGCGGCAGUAGUAUUAUUUCCAUCUUUAUAUUAGGAGUUCCUAAGUCCUUAGCAGAGGUACCUGUUUGUUUUUUAUUGAAUAAGAGAUAGAAGAGUGAGAAAAGGAGCAUUGUGGAGACUUAAGCAGUAUAUACCCUUGGAUGGUGUCCUCCUCUAGUGGAUAGUGCCUUAGAGGGAAGAAGAAUGACUAGGUAAUUUACAUGUUUAUGGAACUCUUAACUGAAUUAGGGUAUGAGACAAUGAUGUUUAAGGGUCACACUUGUGGUUUAUUUUUCAGGAAAUAAGACAGUUCUAAAGAGUA